AUGCCACUUUUUGGCUGGAUGAAAUGGUCAAAAAAUGAUUCCUACAAACCCACAAGAUAUCCUGGAUCAGAAGUAGUUAUAAAAACCCUACUGAGGGAAUUAAAAUGGCAUCUGAAAGAGCGUGAAAGACUAGUGCAAGAGAUUGAAAAUGAACAAAAAGCCCAGAAGACUGGCAUGGAUUACAACUGGCUGAAGAACUAUCAAAACCCUCAAGCAACAAUUCCAGCUACUGAGCAACGGCAGCUUGAAGUUCUGUGCUCACAAAUCCAGCCUUACCAAACAGGAGCUGUUCUCAGCAGAUUUCGUGAAGUUUUGGCAGAAAAUGAUGUUUUACCCUGGGAAAUAGUCUACACAUUCAAGCAAGUUUUGAAAGAUUUUCUUGCCACCAGUGAGAGAGAAAAUCAACAAGACCAACUGGUAGAUGCAUGGAAUACAAAUUGCUCUGACCAUUUCAGCCUGCGUGGAGACAGUUCUAACAAAUCUGACAAAGAUGAAAUUCCCACGGUUUCAAGUUAUGUCGACAAAAAUACACAAAGCAUGUUUCCCACCUUCUCUGAUAGAAUCUGGAAUCUACCCUAUUACUACCCAUCAGGUUAA